AUGACGAAGAAAGUUGUUUUGGGGAGAUGGCUUGAGGAGAAAACCGAGAAUGGAAAACUGACCGGAGGACUACUCGCAUACUGGAAACGGCUGAUUGGAGAAGCAGGAGAGGACUGGACCAACAUCGAAAACCUGACAAAAAACAGGAAAACGUGGAAGACACUCAUAAACAACCGGAAAGCUAAUCUGACACGGUGGGAGACAGACAUGUGCGACCACACCAGAGGCCACACAAAGCGCACGAGAAGCCAAACCAGAGUAGUGGAGGACGGCUUCAGUUGCAGGUGGACCGGUUGCGACAAAAUUUGCAGAAGCAAGGCAGGGCUUGUGCAACACGAGCGCAGAAUGCACAGAGAAACCACGCUCGAGUUUGCCUGCCCUAAGUGCAAGACAACCUUCAAGGAAAAGAGCAGUCAGACAAACCACACAAAAGCCUGCGGCGGAGCCCCCAGAGGAGUAUGUUUGGACUGUGGAAAGAGUGUGUCUGUAUCAAACAUGGCUAGACACAGCAAAACCAACUGCCGAAACGCACCGAUAAACAGAAAUAACGCGACGACAAUAAUACGAACCAGAGAAUACAAACAAUGCAACAAAUGCGGGGCAUGGAUAACGAAGUCAAACUUAGCGAGACACAAAAAUGUGUCAUGCACGGGAAAUACCCGCCAAGGCUCUACAUAG